AUGUAUGCCCUCUCUUGCACCGACGGGUUCAAAUACCCCGGUUCCGAACCGACCUACAUCACAGACAUCAUCCCCGUCUCCGCCGGCCUAGCAGCGGUCGGCUCUGACCAGAGUCUCUCCAUCUUCAACCCCCUGCGCCUGGACCAGGGACCGCUCAAGAAAGUUCAAACCAACCAUGGAAACAUUAGCUGCGCAGAAGCGUUCAGCGUCGGAAACUCGGUCGUUGCUACAGCAGGCGAGAACGGGACGGUUUUGCUGUGGGAUAUGAGAACCGGCACAGCGGCAUUGCAAAUAGGCACACCAGGGGCAGGUCCCGGCUUGCUGUCGCUUGCCUGUUCGGAACAGACAAACACGUUAGCUGCCGGCACGGAACUGGCUAAUCAUCAAGCUUCCAUUUUGCUAUGGGACCUCCGCUCCCCCUCCGCCUCCAAAAUCCACUACGACGAAGUCCACUCCGACGACGUAACCGAGCUCUCCUUCCACCCCUCCAACCCUCACCUUCUCCUGACCGGCUCGACCGACGGUCUCGUCAACGUGUGCGACACGCGCAUCACGGACGAGGACGAGGUGGUGAUCGCGGCGUUUAACCACGGCUCUGUGCACCGGGCCGGCUUCCUGAACGAGACUGAGGUGUAUGCCGUCUCUCACGACGAGCAGUUCGCGCUAUACGACAUGGGCGAGACGGUCGAGAAGGGGUCGCCGACGCUUGACCUGGGCGACAUCCGCAAGGUGGUCAACUGCCAGUAUUUGUGCAACGUCAUUCCGAAGGUGACGGGUGCUGGGGCCGUUAUUGGUGCUGGAACACAGGAGUGA